GGGAAACAUACGCCAACGCCUGCAAGAAGCAGUCCGGUUACUGUAUCCUGAGCACUGGUAAGCUGGAGGCGAUGGCAGCGGGGCUGGGCUUGGGCGGAGACACACUUCAUCCCCAAUAACAGCCAGGAAUUGGCGGUCCUUGUUCUGUGCUGGAGCAGCCAUUGCCGGUAUAUUCUCCUUACUCUGACUCCCCCGGCGACCUCGUGGAGGGAAGCAGCUGGCGCUGUUGUUGCCGGAGCUUCUGCUAGCAGUCGUCAUGGCUCGGCGGUCCGAGGUUUAGCCGCGUCGCUUCAUGAAUCCAUUGUUUAUGUCCCAAGCUUCAUUAACACCGCAAACACCACCGGACCCAAACCAACAAUGACGUGAACAAAGGAUCUUUUGAUUGCGUCUGGAUAUUUGCGCAAUCUCUGCGACAACGACAUCCCCCGAGACACAUCAGUCCCAAAAGUCCAGCAUGCCACGCCUUGUCCGUCGCGCUCCGCUUCUGGAGAGGAUCAAAAGUUACCUUGAUCCAUGGGACUGGUUGAUGUGGUUGUCGGAGGAGUUCAAUGGCAGUGAUUGGGAUGAUUUUGCGGACAGCUAUGCCAAUUCCAUUGGACUGGUCAUGAAUGUCGUCUUCAUGAUCGCGGAAGCGAAUGCGGGCAAAUCGACCAGUGCUGGAGAUGAUGUCUUCGGAGAGUAUAAGACGACUAGCAGUGGCUGGCUGAAGUUGUUUAUGAAUAUUAUCGUGCUAGUACUCGCCCUCAUAUCGUUCCUGAACGCCUCCUACACCUUCUAUCGCAAGCGGCACUAUCGACUCUUCGAACAGCCAAUCGAAACGAACCCCUCCACCCCAUCCGCGCACCGGGUCCGCGUUGAUUCCUCCCCUGCGGGAGCCUCCCCUCUCCGCUUUCUUCAGAACAUCAUGAGCUUUGAAUCCGCCGAAUCUCGCGCGCAUCCGGACGCCUCACGAGAUGUGUGGGAGAUUGCUGUCUGGGACCCCAAUCCGCUUUGCUUGAGACUGUUCUGUCUCUUCAGUCCGCUACACGUCGUUCUCUACCUUCUAAACCUGCCAGUAGCCCCGCUGGAAUCGCGGCCCAGUGUCAAGGUUGUGACGACGAUUGCCAUUGCCGCGCUUCUCUCAAUACAGCUACGCUACCUCUGCAGCUCCUUCGAGAGACAAGUCAAGGACUCCGCUGUCAUCCAUCGGGAAGUGCUCAACGAAUACGACACCAAAUUCGUCCACCCCAAUCUACAACGGCCGUACCGAGACGUGGGCAUCCAAACAAUCACCACCAACAAGCGGCAGAGGCUUUCUGGAGGCAGUGAGCUUGCCUCCGAAGUCGACAUAUACACCCCAACCACUAUAAUCAAACGUGGAUUUCACACAAACCCCAACCAAGCCUACGCUUCCCAGUACGAUCCUGAUAAUCUAGCGUCGCAGCCAAACCCUCGCCCCGUGCGAUCAACUACCCAUACGCCCUCGUAUCGACCCAUUCCCAAUCCUAGGUACACCACAGCAUCUACCACAACCACAGGAGCAGACUUCUCUUCACCCAUACGACCGUCAAAUACUCCCAACCCGUUCCGGCACACUCAGCAGCCGCAGUUCCGCACCUCGCAUGUCGGUUCCGGAGACGGCGGCAGUCUGGGCGUGUAUUCGCAUGCUGCUUCCCCGCUUCGCAAGUCUGCGAGCGCAAACUAUCUCCGCGAUGAUAGAACUGGUAGUAGGGAGAGUCUAGGCGGCGCGGGGACUGGGAUGGGAGGUGAGAGGAGAGCUGGCAGUCCGACGAAGAGGGAGGGUAGUCCGCUUAAGAGAAUGAGUACCCCGGGAGGUCUUGCGUCGGGCUUGGAGGGAGUGGGUGUCAAAGAGAGGAUGAGUAAGGGGUAUUCUGGGUUGGGGGUGGGGAGGAGGGAGAGUGGACGCUUUUAAUAGCGGGUGUAUGAGUGGAUUUUGAAAGUGUGGGGAAUGCGGACGCUAGUUUCAUAAGGAAAUAAGGGAAGUCGGGAAGGGGCUUUUCCUUUGCGUGUAAGAUAUCGCGGUUUGACUAGCAGCGGGGUUCUCGGAUAUAUAUGGGAGGGGAUUGAGGGGAUUACGGAGUCAGAGGCUUUAUGGCCAGGGGGGAAAGUGAACUAUAUACCCAGCAUCAUACAAUGCACUCUUUCAUUUCCC